UAUCGAGAGUUUAUUGAUUUUUCGCCUUCCUAAGUUGGAAAAUAAAACGGAUAUACAACAGAAAACUCGUGCAAACCAAGGGAAUCUUUAUCUUCCAAGCAUUAAAAGGAUCUUUUAAGUGUUCAGCAAUGGGCGCAGCAUUUUUUCCUGUGCUGUUUUUCACGGCGCUCUGGGGAGCUGUUGGAAUUGGAAUGCCCAUUAUGACCCCAAAGGGUCCGCACCAGAAUUUAAUACGCUGCAUCCUAAUGCUGACGGCCGCCUGCUGCUGGCUGUUCUGGCUGUGCUGCUACAUGGCCCAAAUGAAUCCUCUGAUUGGCCCCAAACUAAAGCGGGAUGUCGUUGCCAUGAUUGGUAGGUCGUGGGAUAUGAAAAUCGUCGAUGGCUAAAAUGUGUAUCCUCCAGACUGGAGCAGUAUCCGCAGUAUUUAAAGUGCAAUCCUAUCUCAAGUAAUCCACGGGUUGCUUAUCUUAAUUAAUCAUGUUAAAAAGUGUAUUUAAACUAUGUUGAAAAUAAAAAUCUAACUGAUUUCGAUAAC